AUGGCACCUCGAUAUGCUUUAGAAAUCGUUAAUAGAACAUUGAAAUAUAUCAUGAACAAUGAUUUACCAUUUGGAGGAAAAAUAAUCAUUUUAGGAGGCGAUUUUAGACAACUUCUUCCAAUUAAAGUUAAUGGAACGCUCAACGAAAUAUUAAAUUUAUCUAUAAAAAACUCUCAUUUGUGGUCUCUAUUCUCAAUCUAUCAAUUGAAAACGAACAUGAGAGUCUUACCUAAUGAAAUAGAAUUUGCUAGAUAUUUGUUGCAUGUAGGUAAUGGAACAUUAAAUGAUCAAGAUAAUAAUAUACAGCUACCAAAUCACUGUAUAUUACCUUACGAUCAAUGUAUUGUUCAAAAUAUUUUUAGACAAAAUGUUGAUGUUGAUGACAUGAAUGAUAGAAUUACAAAUUUAUUUGACAAAAACACGGAACGCAUUUACACUGGGAUCGAUAGUAUAGAAAAUUGUGAUGUUGGUGAAAUGGAAGAUAUCCUUUUACCAGAAUAUCUCAAUACUUUGAAUCCACCUAACUUUCCUCCUCACAAAUUGCGUUUAAGAAAAUAUUGUAUAGUCAUGUUAGUCCGAAAUAUAAGUCUUAGUGAAGGAUUAUGUAAUGGAACACGACUACAAAUUAUUGAUUUCUCAAAUCAUUUAUUAAAAUGUAAAAUAUUAACAGGAGACAAAAGCAAUAACGUUGUAUUUCUCAAUAGAAUCACUUUGUAUUAUGAAAAUCAAUAUCCAUUUACUUUCAAAAGACGACAAUUUCCAAUUCGAUUAGCUUUUGCUAUAACGAUCAACAAAUCUCAAGGACAAACUUUACAAAAAAUUGGUAUUGAUCUUAGAAGAGAUGUUUUUAAUCAUGGUCAGCUUUACGUUGCUAUGUCCAGAGUUAGAUCAUGGGAUUCAUUGAAAAUUUAUUUAGGAAAUCAAAGACAAAAUACUUUAGUGAAAAACUACGUAUACACUGAAUUAUAUAAAUAA